CGCUGGUGCAGCACCUCUUAACACGUGGAUCCGGGUGCAACGGGGGUGGCUUUGAGUCGCGGCCCGGGAAGUUGUCCUUGUGCCUUUGAGAAAAAUGUCCAUGGAUGUAACAUUUCUGGGGACAGGGGCUGCAUAUCCAUCUCCAACAAGAGGGGCCUCGGCUACGGUAAUCCGUUUUGAAGGAGAAUGCUGGUUGUUUGAUUGCGGUGAGGGAACCCAGACACAGUUUAUGAAAAGUAAUCUGAAAGCAGGAAAGAUUACCAAGAUUUUUAUAACUCAUCUGCACGGGGACCACUUCUUUGGCCUUCCUGGACUGUUGUGUACAAUCAGCCUGCAGUGUAGUCCUGACGCCAACAAGUUGCCGGUGGAUAUUUAUGGACCCCUUGGGUUAAAGGAUUUUCUCCAGAGAACCAUGGCGCUUUCCCAUUCCCAGCUGGUUUUCCCUUACGUGGUCCACGAACUGGUUCCCACCCCCAGCCAGUGCCCUGCAGAAGAAUGGGAUGACGUGUUUUCCGGGAAGCGAGAUGAGGACAGCUAUCCAGAACCACAAGGAGACAUUAUUUGUCUGAAUCCUGCAGACGACUCGUACUUCUUGGUGGACGGUGGGCCCGUCGUGAUGAAGGCUUUCAGACUGUUUCACCGUAUACCUUCCUUUGGGUUUCUGGUGGAAGAGAAGCCACGGACCGGCAAACUCAACGCUCAGAAAUUGAAGGAAUUAGGAAUUCCGCCAGGCCCCUUAUAUGGAAAAUUGAAAGAAGGUGUUCCCAUCACUCUGGAAAAUGGGACAACCGUUUCUCCUACGGAUGUCUUAGAAAGUCCUUUUCCUGGAAGAAAAAUUUGCAUUUUAGGAGAUUGUUCGGGCGUGGUUGGGGACGGGGUGACGGCGCUUUGCUCUGAAGCCGAUAUCUUGAUACACGAAGCCACCCUGGAUGACAGCCAGAUGGACAAAGCCAAAGAACGUGGCCACAGCACGCCAAAAAUGGCCGCGGAGUUUGCUAAGCUGUGCAAAGUGAAGAAGCUGGUGCUAUUUCAUUUUAGUCAAAGAUAUAAGCCCGCGAAUCUGAUAGGGGAAGGAGAGGCAGACGUUACAGAGCUGAAAAAGCAAGCGGAGAUAGUUUUGAACGGACAAGAAGUGGUGCUGGCGGAGGAUUUUAUGACAAUUAGUAUCCCAGUUAAAAAACCAAAAUAGGACUCCUGGACAACAAAAUGGAAAUCAAUUGGCGGGUAUGCGAAAACUCUCCAGCUGUGACUUGUUUUUCAGGUGUUCAUCUUGGAAGGGACCGAAGGAAGUCGGGUUUGAAUUAAGAUGGGCCUCUUUGUAUGAACAUCUGUUCUUUAUUGCGUCCAAUAUUUCUGAUGCAUUUGUAAUGCUGACACGAAUUAAAUGUAUUUUUCAUGCUAGGCCUCUCUCUGCCUUCCUUGUAAGGCAAACUCUCUUGUGUUUCAGCUACUUGGAAUUGAGGACCUCAUGAAUGAAGGCUGCAGUUUUUUAAAAACACUUAGGAAUACAGGUAAUCCUCGACGUACGACUGCAAUUGAGCCAAAAUUUUCUGUUGUUAAGUGACACAUUUGUUAAGUGAGUUUUGCCCCAUUUUACUAUCUUUCCUGCCAACAGUUGUUAAGUGAAUCACUGCAAUUGAUAAGUUAGUAACGUGGUUGUUAAGAGAAUCUGGCUUCCCCAUUGAAUUUGCCAGGAGGUCACGAAAGGGGAUCACGGUCAUAACUAUGAAUCAACUGCCAACCAUCCAAAUUUUCUGGUUUAACAUUUUUAUUGAGUUGUAAAAUAUUAUAAGAUACAAAAUACAAAAGUAAAUAGGAAAACUGGGGAGGAAGAGGGGGAAGAGAAGUAAGGAACAAUAAGGUUUGACAUUUUUAUUGAGUUAUAACCAACCAUCUGAAUUUUAAUCACAUGGUUAUUGGGACGCUGCGGAGCCAUAACUGUGAAAAAAUGGUCGUAAGUCACAUUUUUCCAUGCCAUUGUCAUUCUGAAUGGUCACUAAACGUACCCAUUGUAAGCUGAGGACUGCCUGUACAUGGAAAUAAUUGAAGUUGAGGUAGAAAACAUGCUUUGAGGAAACAGACACUUUUAUUCGGAUUGGAAGAGUUUGUCAUCUUAAUGCAAGAUCGCUGAAUGCAAGCUCAGUUGGAACCUAACUGAAUGCAAACUCAGUUGAAAUGUGGGUAAGUUUCCCAAAAUCCAGGUGGUAAAAUGAGAGCUUAAGAGAGAGACUAUAGAUGGGGCCAACAUCAAGGAGACUGGAUUUGUUCAGAGAUUAGAUAACUUGGGUUAGUUGAUGCAAUCCAGAUGUGGCAACUUAACUAACUUCAGAAAUAAACACUACAGAAAAUCAGUUGUGGUUUUGAAAUGCUUUGGUAAGCAGUUUUGGUGUGCUUUUUAUAUGUGUGUGUGUCGAGAAGGGCAGUAUUAGUCAUUAAGGGUGGAUGUUUUCACUCCCUGGGGCAUUGCAGUUCAUUUACUGGCACAGCAAAAGAGCUUUGAGGAAUCUGGAGACCCAUUGUGAAAUGUGCUUUAUCCUCUUUUAGAAUAACCUGUUUGUUAUGUAUCUUUAAAUAUUUAGGCGGGAAACAAGCACGUUGCUGAUUGGUUGAAGCCGCCGGUUACACAGUAUAUAAAGGGUUGAUUUUCCCCAGCCAGGUUGCUGGGUUCACCAUAUAUUAAAGAGCUGUUGUCACUACCCUGGUCUCCAGCCUCGUUACUUCCCGAACUUAACACUGGCGACGAGGGUGGGAUCUCGAGGCUAAGGAGAACCAGAACCGAGCUGAAGCACGAAAGAACCGAACCCAGCAAAUACAGGGCAGAAAAGCGGAGAUGGCCAGUUACACUCCGCCCGCACCGUUUGACCCGGCUAAAGAGAAAUGGGGAACGUAUAUGACCCGUUUCGAAAGCUUUCUAGAAGCCAACGAACUGCAAGGAGUUCCAGAUAACCAUAAAGGGC